AUGUCGCUGGCAGGUGGUGGUUGGAGUCGGCGGGGUGGCGGCGGCAGCAGGUUCGAGUUGCCGCCGCAGCAGCCUCCCGUGGUGGUGGACGUCGGCUGCAACUGCCGCGCGCCAAGGCUGCUCAGCUCCCUCAUCUCCUCGCUCAAGUCCCACGCGCGCGGCGGUGUCGGCAAGCCCAAGUCGUCUACGCACGCCUCCUCGUCGUCUUUCUGGUCGUCCUCGGCCACCACGGGCUUCAUCACGUCGUCCACCUCCAUCGCCACCGCCGCCACGACGACCUUCUCAUCGCUGGACCACCACCACCCGUCGUGGGGCCUAGCGACGUACGCCGCAAACGCCAACGCCAACGCCGUCUACGAGGUCGACGUCGACGACGCCGAACACGCAACUCGUCAGAGGCGGCGUCGGCGGCGGCGCCGGCAGCGGAGGAGGAGCACGUGCGGGAGGGCGGUGGCGCCUGCUGCAGCGCUGGGGAAGGAGACGGCGGUGGCGGUGGAGGUGGAGUCCGCGGCGCCGUACGAGGACUUCCGCGAGUCGAUGGUGGAGAUGGUGACGGAGAAGGAGAUGUACGCGUGGGAGGACCUGAACGCGUUGCUGCAGCAGUUUCUGGCACUCAACUCGCCGCGCCACCACCCGCUCAUCCUCACCGCCUUCGCCGACCUCUGGGCACCCCGCGGAGGACCCUUCUGCCCUCCGUCCCCGUGCCUCUGA